AUGAGAGAAGUUCAUCGAAGAAUACAACAUUGGUCCAUCGACGCCAUUAUCGGUCCCUAUGACAACGGCGUUGCUUUGGCAGCGGAAGAACGGAAGAUUCCUUACCUUGCUACGUCACCCGUUUCCAGGGAGAUGCUAAAACACACUGUCCAGCUCUUACCGGAACUGGACGACUUCUGUCAGGCCCUGCUGGAUUUUGCACAAAAACAGAACUGGAAAAAGAUUAGUGUCUUCUAUGAUGAUGAUAAAGGUUUGGCUGUGCUGGAACGACUGAUGACAAACCAUUCUCUGUCUGUCAAGGCCUGGAGACUCCCCGACCCAGGGUCGAAAACACGUGACACGCACCGGAUCAUGGGGUCGAAAGCAAGAGAGGCGCUUUUACAGAUGCGUAAAGUUCUGGUGGAACACUCCAUAGUGAUAUGCGGUAAACUCUACACGGAGUUCCUGCUCAGAGAGGCUCGCAAUCUCGCCAUGUUGUCAACGCCUCCGUACGAAUGGGGCUUCUACGAUCCGGGUUACGCUAUCGGCGACCUGUUCGAGCCUUACCGAGACAUCGCCGUCAACUUCACUGUGUUCUCCUUGUUGCCUUAUAACUCCUCCGUCAGCGACAUGACCAACCUCAACAACAACAGCCACAUCAACCAGAGGAAGCUUGAGUACGCCCUCGCCCACGACGCCAUGCAGCUUCUGAUAGCGUCCAGUAAACAGACAAAUGACAAUCUCCUGAACACCAUCAAGAGUAAUCAAGAGGUCGGUUUGACUGGUUGCCUCCAGUUAGACACUCACGGCAAGAGGUCUAACUUCACCGUCUAUCUAACUGGCUACACGGGCAACGAGAAUUACCCGCACGGGGAGUGGCUGAAGCGUCCGUCUCACAGUUACCUUCUCCACAACAAGUCUCAAGGUCCCCCAAAGCGACGAAAUAUUUUCCCCCUAAAAGGUCGCACGGUCAAGGUCGUCAUGAUUAUAGAAAAGCCCUUCACGAUGUACAAGAGCGACUAUUCCAGGAGACGCGGUAACGACCGGUUUGAGGGGUUUGCCGUCGAUCUACUGACACACGUGGCUGAGACGCUGAGUUUCAAUUUUGAGAUCUACCUUGUUCCUGAUGGGAACUUCGGCAGCAAGAAAGAUGGCGAGUGGAAUGGCAUGAUAAAAGAGUUGCUUGAUGGGGCAGCGACGAUGUCGGUUGCUCCCCUCAGCAUCAACUCCGGUCGCGAGGAGGCCGUUGACUUCACCAAGCCGUUCUUGACACGGCACAUCACCGUCCUCAUUACGAUUCCCCAGAGAAAGGUGUCCUACUUCGAGUUCUUCAACCUCUUGUCACUCACCGUCUGGGUCUGCACCCUCGCAGCUUUCAUUGUCGUCAGCUUCGUCCUGUACAUCUUGGAGAGAAUCAGUUCCACCGAACAGAGAACCAAUCCCCAGUUCUCUGUCAGGGAGUGUUUCUGGUACAUAUUCGGGUCCCUGCUCCAAGGCAACACUGAUGCUUGCCCGAUCACAAUCCCUGGACGUAUCCUGGUCAGUACGUGGUGGUUCUUCGCCAUGAUCCUACUCUCCUUCUACGCUGCCAACCUUACAGCAUUCCUCACGGUCAAAAAGAUCAACACCCCAAUCAAAUCGGUCGUAGACCUGGCCCAGCAGACCAAGAUCAAGUAUGGAACGGUCAAGAACAGUGGCGUCACGUCUUUCUUCGCCAACACAAACAUUGAUCAUUUCUCCAAGAUGUGGGCACAGAUGUCAGAGAUCGAACCUGAUUCCAUGGUGGACAAUGCAACUGAAGGCUAUGGCAAGGUGACGGAUGGGAACUAUGCCUUCCUUUGGGACUCCACCGUCAACAAGUAUAAGACAACCACAGACUGUGAUGUCAUGGAGAUAGGACCACCGUUUGACCCUAAAGGUUUUGGAAUAGGGGUUCCACCAGGGGCGACUUAUCUGGAAGAACUCUCCAUGACCAUACUGAGGCUGGGUGAUAGAGGCGUAUUGCAAGAAUUGGAGAACAAGUGGUGGGGAAGCAAGAGCUGCCCGGACCCCGCCAAGUCGUCAACGGAUGAGACGAUGGAACUCCAGAUUGAGAACGUGGCUGGCGUCUUCUUCAUCCUGGUCGGCGGUAUAGUGAUUGCAGGGUUGGCCUGUCUCGCGGAGUACUCUGCCAACCUCCUGCUGAAGGCCAACAAGAACAACAAGAAGGAUAAACCGGAUCUCCCAACAAACAACACCGAAAAUAAGAGAGCACUGCACUGAUAGCGAUACAUACCACGUACAACGUGAAAAGAGCCUCCUGGUUGGAGGGAGCGACAACCGCAGCGUCUGCGUGUCAUACUGAUGACUUCCGCUAACACCAAAAGUCCGAACUGAUGUUUCAAGGGGAAUCCAGUUUCGGUUUUCAUUCACUGUUUGAUGUCAUGUUCCCGAUAUUCAUUAUUACGUCCCGGAAUUAGUGAUGAUUUAUACUGAUUCCAUAUCUGGGGUCUAUUUCUCUAGCUUUUGUCAGGUAUACGAAGUUGUUUAUUUUGCUAUACGCCCAUGUUGUUCUGGGCAGGUAAAGGGAGAGGGAGUCAACUUUAUACACAUGUGCUAUAGGGGGUGUCAUUGAUUUUGUACAUGAAAUCCAGGGGGUCACUUACUUACAUACAUUUUAUAUAUUCACUUUGUACAUACUUCACAAACUCCAUAAAAAUGAUCAUCAUCCACCUAGACAUAGAUUAUGAACAGUGCCUAAGUCUCACAUAAGCUACUCGUAUCUCCAUGUUAAAACCAGGCGGGAAUGUAGUGUAUGAUAAGUAUUUUACCGUACAUUUGUAUCUGUAUUGUAUAUAUUUGUAUUAGUAAGUUUGAUAUCUAGAUUUCAUAAUUGUUCAUUAUUUAUUUCUUUUGUGUCUAAGGGGGCUUACCCAUAACACACUUGAUAUUAUUCCGCUAUUUA